AUGUUGGAGGACCUAGUGUCAGAGACUGACAUUGCCAGGGAUGUGGAAAAUAAAGCUGCAGGAAGGGGGAAAAAGAUGGUGACGAAGAAAGUCGCAAAGACGUUGAUAAGGGAUGCCAUCAGUGGCCGAGUGACCAACUGGAUCUCAGGGGUCAAACCUGGAAAUCCAGAGCCGCUGUCAUGUCCAUCCAUUGAUAGCACUUCAACUCGAGCACCUCCGUCAUCAAUUUUCUCAGAGGGCAAUGCUUCCUCCGCACCGACUUCAGCCGCUGAGCUUCCGACUAAGAUUCCUGCAGCUUUGCCUCAAAUUCCGGAUGGUGUCGCAGACGAUACUCUUACUGGCGCGUUUGCAGAUGAUAUCGACGAUUCGUUGGAGCGUGAGGAUGCUCUCUUGGGGAGCAAGAAAAACAAGGGGAAAUCUAAGGUUGUCACGCUAUACGAAGAGGACUAUGAUGUCGAUGAGCCUGAGGCUCCACCAGAGGCAUCAGACGACUCGGAUGAUGAGCUUAUGGCUCUGUCGACACAAGUAUUACCGGAGGAGCAGUACUCACAGGAGCCUAAGGCGCCAUUCACACAGGAAGACAAUCAUAUGUUCUUGAAGCGGAAAGCUAGCACCAUAGACGAUGAGGAGUCUUUGGUGUCCUGGUCCAUGGAGAUUGAUGGCAAUGCGGAACUGGUAGAAGACGCAAUCAUGAGUUCUGAUUCGGAGGCACCGCUCCCUGUCAAAACUAACGCAGCAAAGAAGGAGAAAAUUCUGCGCACAACAUAUUCAACAUCUGUUACUGCAUCUCAGGCUAUAGUCGACAGCAAGCCGCCAGCUCAUAAAAAGGCUAAGGUCAAAUCUUCCGCACUACAUGCCCGUGGUGCUCCUGCUACCACAUGCCAGCAGAAUGCAGAUACUGCACCAGACAACAUCAAAGCACGCAGUGCCUAUCGCACAGUUGACCUACCUCCAGCGAUGCAAAUGGAUCAGCGCUGGGCGAAGAAUUUUAUCCCUACCAUAAUGCUGUGGGCCGGAAGCUAUGAAGAUAUCUGGAGUAUUCCUGACGAGGUCCUUCUCCAUCAUGCGCAGCUUGUUCUUAACGCAGUGUACAACGAUCUCGACAUAGUGGUUGUUCACGGUGGAGUUAUACAUUCACUCACUGCACAGCGCAUUUCAGAGUGGCGCAGCAAUUUUGGCUCCACAGGGCUAGUCAUCAUCAUGGACUUUUUAUCACGAAAUUCUGACGUGAAUCCUGUCAAACUGGCCAAAUCUCUUAAUGUUGAAUGGGCAUUCUUGUUCGAGGACCCGGACAAUCCAUCUCCACUUACUGCAUACCGCUCACCCUUUGUACUGCAGUUAUUUGGCACAGCACACCUCAACGCCAUCACCGGUUAUGUGCAGGUUCCCUCAUUCGACAUGUGCGCACUUGCAACAAGUGGGAUGUUACGGCCUCUUGCUCUUUCUGCUGCAGCGAUUGAGCGCGCUGUCUCCAUGAUCGCAAAUGAAGUACUCGAAGUUCAAAAUGUUCUGUCAUCCGCAUCAAGAGGUCGGGUUAGCAUCAGGCUACCGAAGGUCCUCAACAAAGUUACUGGGAAAAAGACCAACAUUCCGUUUUUAUUUUCGGCAGCUCUCUGGCUUAAACCAACUAAUUCGUACAUCAAAUCUCUGUUAGGCAAGCCUGCUGGGUACCUCGAAACUACAGUACAGAUGGCGUGUACCACCUUGAAUGAUGUCACUGAAACACCGUUGGGCUCGCUGAUCGACGAUGACGAGUCGGAGGAUGACAAGCGUGCUAUGAUUUCACCUGCCAGUGCAUGA